GCUAGAGCUGGGAAUGAUGUGGUUAUCACACUUCCUGAAAAUUAUGUUACUUUGUAUGGGAAUGGAAGCACGGAUGAUCACGGCAUAAAAACAUACGAAUGGAGCAAAAGCCCACUGAGUCCAGCUUGUGAUAUGCAGGGAAGUACGGGUCCGGUACUUCAUGUUUCUAACAUGAUAGUGGGCGAUUAUUCUUUCACGCUCAAAGUGACCGAUUCUGGGGGACAAAGUUCCGAGUCUAAAGUGACGGUGGUAGUACGGCCUGAAAAAAAUUCUCCUCCAGUGGCAAAAGCCGGAGACGAUAAGGAUCUUGUGAUUCCUGACGACAGCACGACGCUGAGUGCUAGAGAGAGUAAUGAUGACCAGGAGAUAACUAGCUACAAAUGGGAGAAAAUAAGCGGUCCUUCAUCAGUGGUUAUGACAGGAGCAAACAAGAUGGUUCUGAACUUGUCACAGUUAAAAGAGGGGCACUACAAGUUCAAGUUGACUGUAACAGAUAACAAGGGUCUCACAGGGACUGAUACAGUGUCUGUUAAUGUCAAGAGAGACGGAAACAAACCUCCACGAGCCAACGCCGGCCCGGAUGUCUUUGUUAAGCUUCCAAAUCGUGCGGCCGCUUUGGACGGCUCGAGGUCUUCUGAUGACUAUGGAAUAAUUAAGUACACAUGGAUACGAGACUUCAAAAGCCCUGCUGCUGGUGAUGUGAUAAAUGGCAGCAACCAUCAGCCUGUUUUAAGGCUCUCAAAUCUUGUCAAAGGUGUCUACAAGUUCCGAUUAACUGUGGCAGACGCCAAAGGAUUAGAAUCUCAUGAUGAAGCUAAAAUAAUCGUCAAAGAAGACGAAAACAGUCCAAACCUGGUCGAACUUUACCUUGAUGUCGACGUGACGUCUUUCACUGAAGAAAACAAGCGUCAACUGGUUAGAAAACUUGCUGUGACUCUUAAUGCACAAGACAAGGAUAUCAUUAUUGAACAUAUUCAGCCAUCCGGCCGUGGAAGAAGUUUGGUGAUAUUGUUCUAUGUACGAGACAGCUUAAUACAUCAGCCGAGAAAUGGCAAGGAUAUCGCUUAUUUGUUGAGACAAAAACUCAACGACAAUUUUUUUGAAUUCAGAAUGCAAGAGGUCGAACCUUACGUUUGCAGAAAUAAUUGUUCGGGACAUGGAGUUUGCGACCAACACACAAAACAAUGUAUUUGCCAGAGUUUCUGGAUGCAAGAUCCUUUUAAAGCAAGCUUUGGGCUUCGUGAAAGCAACUGCGACUGGAGUAUUCUUUAUGUGACGGUGAUAAUCUUCGCCGUCAUCGUAGCGAUUGUCGGAAUCACAUGGGGCGUUUGUUUCUGCAUGGGCAGAACAAGGAGUCGUAGACGGAAGCAUCAGUAUUCCAUCAUUGGUGAUGAGGAUAGUGAAGAUGCAAAAAAUGCGACAAUGGAACUAUUUCCACGAGAUAAAUUUCUCAACUCGAGCAUAAUGAGUGAGACAGAUAUGGAUUCGGACGAGGAGACUUUGUUCGAAAAUCACAAACCUUUUAAACCAGGAAGGACAUCUCAAAUGAAUGGAAUGCUUAAUGGCGGGAAAAAGAAAAAUCAUCACACCUGACCCAUUAUUAUAUAUUUUAGACGAGAAAUUAAAUUAAGGAUAAGAUUAACAGUUAGUUAUGAUAAAAUUAUUUAAAUGAAAUUAUAUUGUAAAAAUAAUAUUAAUUUCUAUAAAAACCCCAAGACUUUGGUAAAUAUGCGGGGUUCUACAGUUAAUCGUAUAAAAGUUUCUAAGCUUUUGAGCAACAAACCUUUUAAUCAGAGCAUGAAUAUUAAUUAAUAAUCACUCUAAGAAAAUUUCCCGAAGAGAUUGUUUUCACCUCCCAAUGAGGCA